AAAAAAUAGGAUAUAGGAAUAUAGAAUUAAUUCUCUUCCCACUCCAUCACGGUAGGUGGCGGUCUGCACCGAUGACGUCAGUUCGCAGCCCGCCAUUAAACCUAAAGAAGAAGAAGCGGCAGUUGUUGUUGAAGUUGCAUCAGGCACAGAACAAGGAAUGUUCAAAUGUCAGCCGACCAGGAAGCGAAAAAAGAUGAACUGCUUGCUCUAACAAGCAUAUAUGAUGAAGAGGAGUUUCACCAGGCGGAGUCCGAAGAGGAGGGUGAGAUUCAUCUGUGCCUAGAGCUUCCUCCAAACUUCAAACUGCUAGUCAAGGGACAGAAAUCCACAGAGUAUAACUUAUCAUUUCUACCUCCAUUGGUUCUGAGUUUUGAACUUCCUACAGACUACCCUUCAGUAUCGUCUCCCGUUUUUACUUUAAGCUCCAAAUGGCUCACAAGAGUCCAGAUCACUGCGCUUUGCAGGAGGCUGGAUGAGCUUUGGGAGGAGAACCAAGGCAAUGUGGUUCUUUUUACCUGGAUCCAGUUCCUAAAGGAAGAGACUCUGGAUUUCCUGGGAAUACAGUCUCCGCUUGAAAUCCAAAGCUCUUGCGUUCAGCAUCAAUGCGAAUCCGGUCAGAAAGAAGCCGAAGACAUUUCUGGAGAUAAAAGCAAAGCACAAGAUUUAGACCCGAGAGCUGUUCAAGAAGUUGACCCUCACACGGAUAUACUGACUCAGCUGCUGGAUUUUGACGAAGCUCAGAAGCAGAAGGUGUUCGACGGGAAGGUGUUCUGUUGUGGCAUCUGCUACUCGGAGAAGCUGGGAUCCGACUCUUUGCUCUUCAAAGAGUGUCAGCAUGUUUACUGCAAGGCCUGCAUUAAGGAAUACUUUCAGAUCCAGAUAAGAGACGGCAAAGUUCAGUGCCUUAACUGCCCUGAGCCCAAGUGUAUGUCCCUGGCCACUCCCACACAGGUGAAGCUUCUUGUGGGUGAGGAUGAGUUUGCCCGCUACGAUCGUCUUCUGCUGCAGUCCAGUCUGGAUCUGAUGGCCGAUGUUGUGUAUUGCCCCCGCAUGAGCUGCUGUAUGGCUGUGAUGGUCGAGCCCGACUCCACCAUGGGCAUCUGUCCCUCCUGCCGAUAUGCCUUUUGUACCCUCUGCAAGAGAAGCUAUCACGGCCUUUCCAACUGCAUAGCGACCGCUGACGAGCUUCGCAGUUUGCGGGAUGAGUACAGUUCUGCAAGCGAAGAGGGAAAGAAGUUCCUUGAAAAGCGUUUUGGGAAGCGGGUCAUCCAGAAGGCGGUGGAGGAGUCUUUCAGCACAGACUGGCUGAAGAGUAACUCUAAACAGUGCCCUUGCUGUGGCUCUCAUAUAGAGAAGGUUCAUGGCUGUAACAAGAUGACCUGUUGCUCCUGUCAGAAGUAUUUCUGCUGGAUCUGUCUGGGAGCUCUCAGCAGAGUGAACCCCUAUAGCCACUUCAACAACCCCAGCUCACCAUGCUAUAACCAAUUGUUUCAGGGAGUGGAAAUGGAAGAUGAAGAAGGCUUUGGAAGUGACGAAGAUGACUGAUCCACCGUAAAUGAACAGCUUAAAGGAUAUAACUUCAUCCAGGGCACUUC